CAAUGUUUUGCACUCGAGAGUCCGGUGAUAGCUAUAGGUUGAACAAUAUCUUCAUCAAAUCACUACUAAUACAUUGCAAAUACUCAAAGUGAUAAUGCGUUAGUGGUUCUCUCCCACAAGGGAGGAAAUUACUACAAAGACAGGAAGUCACUCUGACGCAGCAAGUGAUUAAAAUUCCUGUUGUCUUUGUAUUACUAUAUGCUACUUUUAGAUGUUUGACGUGUAAUUAAAAACAUUAUCUUGAAGAAAAAUGGAACACAACCUGGAAACAAGCCUUGUGGCUGAUGCACCACGCCACUACACACACAUAAACUUUGAGGAGGAGAUUGAGCUGUUGCGGUGUUGUGCGGGAGACUGUCGGUGUCACAAGGUGCACUGUCCGUUCUGCGACGUGCAGCACUUCAAACCAGCCGGCUCAAUGCGUGUCCGGGAUCACAUCACACAGUCUCACUUCAAAUACGCCGUUACCGUGGGAAAUAUUCUGAUUCUGAAGUGUUUCCACCAAUGUCACAUGUCACCGGGCCACUUCCAUUGUCCGUACUGCGAACAGCAGCUCUACAAGAGAAUUGCGUUUGCUCACCACCUCAAAUCACAUCUCAGGAAGAUGGGAAAAGAUGAAACUGUUGUCCAUUUCUUCUACAGCAACCAACCAACAACCAUUAACUUUGAUGGUAUUAAAAUAGCCCUGUGUACCGACCCGUGUGGCAAUACUCUCAAACAACACUACCACUGUCCACUGUGCAAGAGGAACAACUUUGGCAACAUGGGUGUCAUGGUGACCCAUCUGUGGCGUUGUCGAGACAGAAGAAAACACCGGCGCAGUCUGUCGUGUUUACAGACAUCUGACGAUUAUCUACAGGAUACAAAAUAUCUCCUACCUCUCAGAGAAAUACUGGCAGAUAAGUGGCAUUGCUCUAUUGUGCGGACUGUAGACGACCUCCAGGUUGUCCAGUGUGACCGUGACGAUUGCUGCGGUAACCAGUCCCACUGCCCACUGUGUCCACCUGACAGAUUCCAGCCCACGGUCGGCACCGAGGUGAAACAACACGGCCUUUCUCACUGGGACUGCAGAGUUACCUACGUUGAUUAUUCCAUGCUGACUUGUUACUUAGACUGUGGGAACAGAAACAGAGAUUCAAGUGGUCCAGUUCAGGGUCACUACCACUGUCCUUUCUGUGGUCAGACUCACGGAUGUAAAGACGGUUUCACGAGUCAUCUCCCCAUAUGUUACAAGGGAGAUAACUCAUUUGAAUCUCAGCCUGAAGAGACUCCGCCCUUUUCCCAGGACAAUGGCAGUGACUCUUUGGUGGGAGGUGAAGAGAUCGGCGACUCACCAAAAGGCAGUGACAGGAGAGUUUCUAUGGAUAAAUCUGAACACAACAUGCUUCCUGUGGAAACAGUUUUACCAGUAACAAAAACAGAGAUGUUUGAGACCAUCACAGCAGUUCUUUGUAAGGAAAUGGUCACGAGACUGGAAAACAAGGGCAGUAAGUUGAUUUCGAACGUACUGGGCGAAGUAACCCGACUGUCUGACUGUACCUGGAGCUGGUCUCCAGGAACCCAGGGCAGAGUGUACGCAUUAACUGGUGGCCUGGAAAACUUACAGGACGCCAAACGUCGUCUUAUGCAGAUAUUAAAUACAACUAACAAUGAAGAACAACAGAAAAUUGACACUAUCUCAGGUGGAGCUGCAAACAUCAUCUCGUCUUCGAUAUCCACACAGACAGACAUCUCCUUCACGGACUCACUCAAGAUGGCAGCAUUGGAAACGUCUGCCAUGGACGAUGAAUCAAUGACAGUGCAGAUGGAUGAUGAAUCAUUCCCGGUGCAGAUGGCUGGUGAGGCAGUAAGUCGGGAAGAACAUUCCAUAGAUUCAACAAGUACAGACUUAAAAGAACAUCGGAAUAUAAAGAGAAGAAAAUGUCUCAAAGAUGUUGAUGAAAACGUGGUGUUGAAGAGAAAACCUGGAAGACCUAGAAAGUAUUGUUCUGAAAAGCCAAGAACUAGUUUUCCUGGUUUUAAAGAACAUGAAACCAGUAAGACGAAGAAAAAAAAUGCUGAUGUUCAAAGAGUGAAGAACAGUGUGCGUACGUUAUCCAGGGUGUCAUCAAGUCCGUAUUCUAAGAGGAAGCCAAUAUCCAGAAUCUCUCAAUCAUCAGAUGAUGGUCCACGCUAUUCUGGAAAAUACGACAACAAAAAGACAAAUUUGAAAAACACACCUUUGGUUAAGCAACAGAAAACAGAUCUGACCGAAACAGCCAUUAAAAAAGCUUACGGAACAAGAGGAAGAAAGAUGGACUUUUCUUUGCUUGCAACAGGUAAAACAAAGAAAGAUAAAGAUAAUUCUGGACUCAAGAAAGAAAUAUUGGCCAAAAGUGUUAAUGUUGAUAGGAAGACAGAACUAAAAAAAUUGUCUGUGAAGCUGGUUGAUAUUAGUAAGAGAAGGAUAAAAUCAAUAUCACAACCUGAAGAUGGGCUGGAUAAAACUGAGGAUGAGAUGGAACAAUGGGAAGAUGAUGCUGAUGGCGAUCCAGAUUUUGUUCCUGAUGGCAAGAAGAGAGUAUUGGAUUCUUAUGACGACAGUGUUGAAGACUCCAAAGAGAUGACAGCAAGAGUUCGUAGUCUUGGAAAAACAGAAAGGAAUUCCAUUCAUAAGCCUGUAACAGCAGAAAGGACUAAAAUAACAGCAGAAAGGACUAAAUCUGAGAGUGAAAACAUCGACAGAGAUCUACCUCAGGAGAACCAAAUGUUUUAUGUCCCCAAAAUCACGGUUCCCUUGUCCUCUCUCCAUCACAGCAUUCAGCGAAUGAGACCGAGAGAUGGGAUGCAAAGUGGUGAUGAUGUAUACCUGUCUGUAGAUACUUUAGCCGACGUGACAAACUUGCGGUGUUCUUGCUGUGACUUUGCGGGACGGAGCAGUGUGGAGCUGAUGGAGCACAUCAUGGACGUACAUCAGCUGGACCCACGACAUCCGUGUUCAGGAUGUGGGAAGAGAUUCAUCACCCACCAGAGUAGAUCCCUGCACCUCCAGAACAUGGGGUGUGGACGGGACAACAGAUCCAGUCCGGUUCACCACUGUACGAAGUGCAGCAGUUUCACUUCGGAGCGGUUUUCAGACGUCACGGACCAUCUGAUCCUCCAGCACCAGGUUGUCAAUCCUCUACGCUGCGACGUCUGCGAGAAAAGACUCAAAGACAAACAGAAACAUCUGAAGCAUCAUCACGGUCCCAAGACUCGGUUUCCGGGCAGCUAUGACACGGAGGAUUUGGGCUGUCCUGUUUGCGAAUUCACUUCAUACCAAUUCUCCGAUGUGACAGAUCAUCUGGUAGAGAUUCAUGGAGUUGUAGACCCUCUUCGCUGUGAUGUUUGUGAGGUCACGUUCAAACAGAGCAAAGCUUACCACUUAAAACAGAAACAUGGUCCCUUGAAUAGAUACAUUUAUGAUAAGUCGACAUCUUGUUUGUUAUGUCGAACCUCUUUCGAUUUGUUCAGUGAUCUCACACAACACAUCAUCGAUGAACAUAAAAUGGACAAUGUUCGUUGCGAUGUCUGUGAAAUGAUAUUCAGCUCGAAGCACGUGUUGUAUGAUCACGUGAACAAGACCCACGGACCAUCGGACAUCCAGUGUUGCAAUAUCUGCGGUCGUGGCUUCAACACGGUCCGAGCUCUGGUGAAGCACCGACAAAUGAUCCAUCACGUGCAGACGACGAUGGUGAAAUCGUGCAAGAAAUGCGACUUCAAGGCGCAGUCGAAGAAGGAGCUGAAAGAACACAUGGAGACGCACGCCGUCGCCAAUGAAUGUCCAAUCUGCCACAAGGUUCUCGCCAAACACACGAACAUCAUGAUCCACAUCGACACGAUGCACACCAAACAGGAGGAAUGCGUCUGCAACAUCUGCGGGAAGAAGUUCCGACACCCGCGUUACCUGCGCCUGCAUCUCGGCCGUCACAGCGGCGUCAAGCCCCACGUGUGCUCCGUGUGCGGGAAGCGCUUCUUUGCCACCAACACCUUGCGCUGCCACAUGGAGGUGCACAAAGACCAGAGCGAGAGACAGUACCGGCACAUCUGCUCAGUGUGCGGCCGCGGCUUCAACGGCAAGUCCAGUCUGGACGACCACAUGAACAAACACACCGGGGCCAAGCCCCACAGCUGUCCCUUGUGUGGAGUUAAGUUCGGCUUCCGCAGCAUGCUGUACAAACACCACCAGUUCGUCCACUCAAAUCUCAGACCUUUCUCCUGCACCAUCUGCCCGAAGUCAUACAAGAGCAAACAGAGACUCUCGGCUCACAUGGUCAGCCACACGGGCAUCAGUCGAUUCAACUGUCUCCAGUGCAAGAAAGCCUUCUCCACGUCGAGCACAUUGAAGCAACACAUCCCGAGAUGUCGAGGGGAGAGACAGAAGGAGAAUCUGUUAUCCUCGAGAGCCGGGAUUCUCCAGACGGAGAACUCUGAAAAUGAAAUCAUCAUCCAUCUGGUGAACGGCCAAGACGGGACCGUGAAGAUCGAGCCGUUGGACCACGGAGAUGUCAUUCAGAUCGUGGAGGAGAUGGCAGGUGCUGGGGAGGUUCUAGGGGAGGUGGGGCAAGGGCUGGGGGAGGGUGGCCAGGGAGAGCAGGUCUCGCAGGUGUUUGUGUGCAGUGUGUGCGCGAUGAGCUUCCAGACGUACGAAGAAGCAGAGAGUCACAUUGCGACAAAUCAUUUAGAACCAGAACCGGAACUUUCAGAACAGCCACAACAACCAGUGAAUGAAGCGAUGCAGACAUCCGUCACACCCAAACAAGAGAUUUUUGAUUACUGGUGAUUUUUAGAAUCUUUUUUUUUUAUUUUUUUUUAAGAAAUUUGGUUUUUCAAAAGGUUCAUACUAGCCAAUAUAUUUUUUGUGCUGAGGCUUGUUAAAUAUAUAUUAGUUAAUUUAUUUUAUGAAAUGUCCUCAUAACUAAAUUACACAUUGUAUUUUCUCUGCUUUUGGCCUUAUAAGGCCAAGUAACAAAAAUACCAAUGGUUCCAAUUACCUGGUUGACACUAAUGUUUUAAAACCAUUUUUGCCAACCCUAAAAGUUUUUCAAAACAAUGAGAGGAUGCAGCAUUUGUUUGAAAUGUUACGUUAUUGCUGUUUAUGAAGACCAGUUUCACAGAUUUUAGGUUUUAAAAAAAAAAGAAAUUAUAGUCUACCUACCUACCCUAAUUUAUUUUUCACAUGUAACUAGAAUGACGCACAUUUUUUUAUUUGGCCAUGUAAGCAAAUGAUUUCAAUAAGUGUCCUGUACUACCAACUCAUCUGGCUCUUAACAGCCUUGUACAAUUGUUAUACAAAUCUACUAGUAAUGGGAUCAGUGAAUAAACGGAUAUGUCUUCUAAAGGAGAUGGGCCGAGACAUAGCCCAGUGGUAAAGCGCUUGCUCGAUGUGCGGUCAGUGUGGGAUCGAUCCCUGUUGGUGGGCCCAUUGGGCUAUUUCUCGUUCCAGC